AUGGUGACCGACCUCUACUCCCUUCCUGCUGUCCAAAUAAUCGGCGACCCUCUCGAUGAGACACUGGAGAAAGUUGUGGAGACUAUACAGUUCUCUAUCUUUUGCUUUACCCUUCCUUUUUAUAUUUUUGUGAUCUACCACCUACUUGACGCUCAGUUACGAGGUGUCGAGGAUUUAUCAACACCGUUUUUCAAGUUGUGCGUGACAACGGCAAUUGUGGAUAUUUGGACCCUUCUGAACAACUACCUGGGCGCCAUGUUUCCAAAAUGGGGAUGGGGAACUCGUAUAUAUUUAUUUCUUGAUCGAUACUAUGCACAUACGUAUUUAUAUUUUGCGUGGACUUCUGGAAUCUGCCAAGCAAUGUGCAUCUCAGUCCUCGCCACCAAUCGCCUCUCCGCUAUCAUAUUCCCAAAUCGACAUCAUCAUAUCUGGAGUACCCAACGUCUCCGAAUAGCAUACGCGAUUCAAUUUCUACCGGGAAUGAUGGCUGGUAUGGCAACGCUAUUCGAUAAAACUCAACUUUAUAGAAAUUCAAAAAAUGGAGUGAUUCCGAAGUUUAGGAAUGAAGCCCUGGUCACCUACUUCUUCCUAAUUGCUGGCGCAUUCUUGACUGUAGUUUGUAUAUAUCUGAUAUUUGCAUAUUGUUAUCUACUGUUUGUUUUAAGAAGAAACACAAAAAUGAUAAAAAACUCGGCAUUUCAAAAAUCAAGGAAUCAAAUCAAGAAGAAAGAGAUGAAAUUAUUUAUUAUGAGUAGUAUUACAGUCGCAAUCCAAAUCGCAGCAUUAUGCCUAUUCGUUUCUUAUGCAACUUCGUGUAAAAUACGAGCUUGCGCCUGCUCCGUAUUCUAUAUUUCUGUCUGUUUUAGUGAUCUCUACGCUGGCAUCAAUCCAUAUCUUCUAUGGAUAUUCUCAGAUUCUCUCCGAAAGUAUAUAUUGAUUCGAAUUGGAUUCAGAAAGAAGAAAAAGGGACCAAGUUCUUCUGUUCUCACUGUAGUUGUACAUUGA